ACAAUGGAAGGGACCAGCGGGUCGAGUUUUGGAAUAGACACGAUUUUGUCCAGUGCCAGUUCGGGCAGCCCCGGCAUGAUGAACGGAGAUUUCCGCCCGCUCGGUGAGGCCAGGACCACCACGGAUUUUAGGAGUCAGGCUACCCCAUCCCCUUGCUCGGAGAUCGAUACCGUAGGGACGGCGCCUUCUUCUCCCAUCUCGGUCACCAUGGAGUCCCCGGAAUCUCAUCUGGUAACAGACGGGCCCCAGCACCACCACCACCAUCUCCAUCACAGCCAGCCGCCGCCGCCUGCAGCCUCGGCCCCGACGCAAAGUUUGCAGCCUUCGCCCCAACACCAGCCGCCGCCGCCGCCGCCCCAGCCGGCCGGACAGCAGCUGGGCUCGGCCGCCUCGGCCCCCAGGACUUCCACCUCUUCCUUUUUAAUCAAGGACAUUUUGGGAGACAGCAAACCUCUGGCUGCAUGUGCGCCCUACAGCACCAGCGUGUCCUCUCCGCACCACACCCCGAAGCAGGAGAACCACGCGGCGCACGACAGCUUCAGGCCCAAGCUGGAGCAGGAGGACAGCAAAACCAAGCUGGACAAGCGGGAGGAAGCCCAGGGCGACAUCAAAUGCCACGGAACAAAGGAGGAAGGAGACCGAGAGAUCAGUAGCAGCCGAGAGAGUCCACCGGUGAGAGCCAAGAAGCCCCGAAAAGCUAGGACAGCCUUCUCCGAUCACCAGCUCAAUCAAUUGGAGCGUAGCUUUGAACGGCAGAAGUACCUGAGCGUCCAAGACCGCAUGGAUUUAGCAGCAGCGCUCAAUCUCACGGACACCCAAGUAAAGACUUGGUACCAGAACCGCAGGACCAAGUGGAAGCGGCAGACGGCGGUGGGCCUGGAGCUGCUGGCCGAGGCCGGCAACUACUCGGCGCUGCAGCGGAUGUUUCCUUCGCCCUAUUUCUACCACCCCAGCCUGCUGGGCAGCAUGGACAGCGCCACGGCGGCCGCGGCGGCCGCGGCCGUGUACAGCAGCAUGUACCGGACUCCGCCCGCGCCCCACCCGCAACUGCAGCGGCCGCUGGUGCCCCGCGUGCUCAUCCACGGGCUGGGGCCCGGUGGCCAGCCCGGCCUCAACCCUCUGCCCAACCCCAUCCCGGGCACCCCGCACCCCCGGUGA